AUGCGUCUAACAACCCUCCUCCCACUCCUCUCAAUAUCCCUCCCCAUAACGGGCACCGCUGCAAAACCAUCAGCACCACCAUCUCGUCUCUGGGCAACCCACUACAACGGAAAUGUCUACACACUCACCCUGGACAAAACCACCAACAACCUCUCAAUAACAGACACGCAAAAGACAUGCGGCAAGAUGCCAAGCUGGCUGACCUUCGACACCGAGUCUCAAAUCGUCUACUGCUCCGACGAAGACGGUACCGCCGACCCUUCGACGCAUGGCUCUCUCACGGCAUACCACCCGGACCGAGAGGGUAAACUGCACCAGCUUUCUUCCGUCAAGACGGUCGGUGGUGGUGUUGAUAGUGUUAUUUAUGAAGCGGGCAAGGAGAAGUUGAUUGCUAUUGCGCAUUACACCGCAUCGCAAGAAUUCCACUUCAAGCUCACGCACCCGGGCGCCGUCGCCCAACAAGACUCACCACACCCACACAGCGUCUUCCUCGACCCAACAGGCUCAUUCAUAGUAAGCCCAGAUCUAGGCGCCGACCUCCUCCGAAUCUACAGCAUAUCCUCAACAACCGGCAAACUCACCACCUGCCCACCAGUAAACGUAACAUUCGGAAGCGGACCUCGCCAUGGUCUAUUCUGGACCGACGGAACAGACAAUAACCGCACCGCCAAUGGCGACAACGGCGUCAGCCAUCAGCGAGAAAUGGCCGCUGUCGGUAAAACAAUGAUGUACCUCGCCAACGAAAUCGGUGGUACGGUGAUGGUUUUCGACGUCUCGUACGCGCGGAGCGGAUGUUUGGAUCUCCAGCGCACACAGACAUUAGUGCCAUACCCAGCAUCCGGACAAAAAGACCAUAAACUCCCCACCGGCGCGACGCCGGCUGAGAUUCGAUUGAUCGGAGAUAAAUUCUACGUAUCUGUUCGGAGUGAUCAGGGUUUUGCGCCGAGUGAUUCGAUGGUUACGCUUGAUCGGUCUGCGAAGAGUGGAGCUGUGAAGGUUUCUGGGAAGAGUGAUGCUUGGGGGAAAGUUCCGAGGACUUUUGCCGUUAAUCGGGCGGGUGAUCUUGUUGCGAUUGGGAAUCAGGCGUCUGCUAAUGUGGCGAUUGUGCGUCGUGAUCGAGUUUCAGGGGAACUUGGGGAGAAGGUUGCUGUUUUGCAGGUUGGGGAGCCUGGGAAGGUGGGACAGGCGGAAGGUUUGAGUAGUGUUAUUUGGGAGGAGUAG